GGUUUGUGGUGGCUGGUGAUUGCCAGUCGGUCGAAUCCAGUUUUGUUUCACUUUGCCAACGCGUUUCGAAACUGCGCUGCCUCAAUUCCCUGAUCUUCAUCAAGACUGCACCUUUGCACAGGUCGCGUCGCUACUGCUUCAUCAUAUCUUUUAUCAUUCUGCUUUCUCAUCGACUUUGUCUUCCCACUGCUAUCUGGUCUGAGUACAACCAUGUCAUUGUGCAGGUAACAUUAGUGGUUCAUUUGGCGAAGCUCAGACACGCCCCUUUGCAAAAAUGUCAGCUAUAGCUGGCCCUUUGCUAAACGGCAUUCUGCCUCACCCAGGAACAUCGCUCAAUGAAGCGUCGGAGUUUGAGAAGAUACUUAGGAUCCGCGAUGAGGUCUUUUCUGGAAGUCAUCCUAGACUGACAGUGCCUGCGCAUGCCCUCAGACUUUCCUCUUCUCAAACUCCUGCCCAGUCGCAUUUGAAUGUACCUCCUCCAUUUCCCACCAGUGCUUCGCCAAAUCGUCCUGCGACCACACAGUCCAGGCGUGAAGAAGAUGCUACACAAGUUCAACCAAAACCAAAUGGUCUUGCCAGCUCGUCUAUUCAACCUGCCAGCAGUAAUGUUUCUGAGUUUGACCCUAUCUUCUUGACGAAAUCAGAUGAUCUAGUUAGAGCCGAGAUCCAACUGAAACGACAGAGAUUGGAGAAGGCUUUGAAGGAGCAGUUCGAACACAAAAGACAAGACGCCCGCAGAAAGCCUGCGCCCUCCGAGGCCAAACCGGACUUCGACCUUCCAGCCAUGCUUGCCAAGGUGUUGAACCCAGUCAAAUCCCCUUCUUCCAAAGACGAGGCCGAUGCCAGCGAUUCCGUCGACGAAAACUCUUUCUAUUCCAGUAGAGCCCCCGACUCAACACCCGAAGGGCCGGACGAGUCUGGAGAAGAUGCUGAGGAUGCUGUGCAAGCUGACAAGCGUUCAGGGCCGCCUGUCGUGAGUGCUGUCAUGGGUUCGCCCUUGCAGCAAGGUGCCAAUGUUGGACCGUCCGCUAAUCUUGCACGCCUACCCCAGUCGGCCACUGUUCAGACUGUUACUGCUGCCGCCAACAUGGACUUGGAUGAUGAAGAGGAAGAAGGCGAGUACUCGCCCCCAGAGGCGACGGCAUACCCAGCGUCAAAAAUUGGCCCACCCGAAGCUAUGCAAGACACUAGAGAUCCACGCGGGCGUCCGUUGCGCCGAUACUCGGAAAACGAAGACAACGGGAGGAGGCCUCUAUCCCCGUCUGAGGCCAAUAUGCGGAUUAAUGGCCGAAGACAAUCUCAACGGAUUGGUAAACCGGGAACUCCCCCAUCUCUCGAUGACUUUCAAGGACAAGGACUCCCUCCUCGGAAAAGAAGAAAACUCGAAAAGCGCAUUGAGAAGAAGGCGAGGCGAAACGGUGCAUAUUCUCCCGGCGUCAAGGAAGAAAAUGUUUCGCCUCCACCAUUCCAUGAUGUUCAACCACUCGGCUCGGGGAGAGUGCGUCCUAUGGGUGACCGUCCGAUCGUCAUCGAUGAUGAACCGGAGCAAGAAGCUCGUUACAUGCCUCCUCCAGAACAACGGUAUGUGGAUUCUCCUUCGCGACCAAUCCAUCGUCAAGUUGAGCAAUUGAUGCCACUGAGUGAGCCACGCGCGUUGUCCAGAGCAAGUGUGAGACCAGUACGAGACGACCAGGAUCUGCGUAGGGUCGCCAGCAUGCACAACAUGCGAACAGAAGCUCCCCGAGAAUACGCUGAACCGUAUUAUGAGACUCCUACACGCACACGAGCCGUGUCUUAUGCUCGAGCUGGAAGUCCUGCGAUCAUGGAGUCAACCCGUCACCCACGCGAAGUUCCUGUCGAAUAUGAUCGUACUCCUCAAGAGGCUAGGGUGGUUCGAACUCCUGCACCAGUUUACCGUGAGAUCUACGAUGACGCUGAGCCUACCUAUCGCUACGUACCAGAGCCUAUGCCACCUCCGCCCCCGGUUGAGAGGAUCGUGGUCGACCAGUAUGGCAGAAGAUUCCGCGAGAUUGUGCAAGAGCGACCAUCGGCUGCUCCUCGAGCAAUGUCAGUUCGAAGGGAAGUAGAGCCUUCCUACGAAAACUACCGCUCCCCUCGUGCUGGCUCGGUCUUUGUUGACCCAGGCCCGGAGCGAGUCUACCAGCCAUCAGACAUGCCGCCGCCACCCACUUAUCGCCGUGCAGGAGAGUCCGUUCGUCCUUCAGCGAUGUCUGGGUCAGCCACUCUGGAGUACUAUGAUCCAGGUCCCCUACCGCGGAGCUCCAGUGUUCAGGUCAUGGAUCGUCCGCCAAGAGCGACUGUGUAUGCCGACGACAGACCCGAGUAUCGCGAGCCCAUACGCAUGGCAAGUGUACGACCACCAGAGACUCGAUACGAAGAAGUUCAACCCAUGGAGAUGAUGACACGGCCACAAAGUGUUCGCCCUGUCGCACGUGAAGGUAGCGUUUUCCACGAUAGGGCGCCGGUCAGUCAUGAGUAUCUUCCUGUCGAGCAACCCAGAUACCGGGCGGUCGAGCCAGAGCAGAGAUAUUACGACGCUCAAGGCAGGGAGAUUAUCACCAUGGACGGAACAAUGGAUGGAAGGCAGAGGAUUGUGGAGAGGUAUUGAGAUUGGGAGGGGGGAUGGUCAUUGAAGUGUGGGCCGAAAACACUUGGAAUCUGUGGUGUGUACAAUGAUGUUGACGGUGUGGAUGCUACAUAAUAAUCAUAGCCACGAGCAAAGAACGAUGGCAUUCGAUUCAUGCAACCUCAAACACAGCCUCCCAAGCUCUCAAGUCUGAUCGCGAUUGUUUCAUGCGUUGUUGAUGCAGGUGGAUGAGCUAUAGCUGGGGUGUUUUUCUUGAGACGACCCAGCUUUCAUCUUCUUAUUGGCCAGUUACAUAAUUCUACGCGCCCUUCCUCAUGUCAUCCCAUUUCUUUUCACC